AUGAGGCGUCCCAGACUCGCCGCCUACACCGCGCGCCUGCGCACCGACGCACACUCCACCCCCGCGCUACUCCUCGCCCAUGCCUACGUGCGCUACCUCGGCGACCUCAGCAGUGGCCAGACCAUUAAGCGCCACCUCGCCAAGGCGUAUGCGCUCGACCCCGCCGACGGCGCCGGCGUACAAUUCUACGUCUUUCAGCAGCCGGGCACGAGCGCCGCCCCCGGCACCCUAGCCCAUCAAGGAGUGGUUCUGCGAGGGCAUGGACAGGGGCGUCAGCGACGACGCGCAGCUCAAGCGGCCAUGCUCCAGGAAGCCAACGUCAUGUUCACCCUCAACGCAGGCCUCUUCGACGCGCUGCGCACACCCGCAAACGGCAAGCCCCCGCUUCAACUCCGCCCGUCCUCGCCCGUCCUUGGCAACCCCACCACGCCCGUCUCGCCUUCUUGUACAGUAACCGGAAGUCGUUUACGACUCUACGAUGCGCCUGCAUGA